AUGAACUCCCCUAAGUCACCAUGUCAUUGCUCUCCCUUAUCAUUUUCUCAAACAUUUGUUCCAUUGCUCAAGCUUAAGUUCCCACAAAUCAAACUUUCAAAAUAUGAUGCUACAUAUCGAGUUCUCAAUGUUUCUAACUACCCCCUUCAACUUUGCUUCUACAACACCACCCCCCAACACCUUCACUCUUGCUCUGCAAAUGGGAAUUUCUUCAAGUACUUAAAACCACCCUUGCUUGGGUUUGGGAGGUCAACCGGGGAAACCGGGUUGGCGAAAACGCCACUCUCACAUUCGGGACAGACAGCAACCUUGUUUACCGACACGGAUGGCCGAGUGGCAUGGCAAACCAACACUGAAAACAAAGGUGUGGUAGGCCUCAAGCUGCUUCCAACUGGAAACAUGGUCCUCUACAACUCAAUGACCAAGAGCAACUUUAUUUGGCAAAGCUUUGACUACCCAACAGACGAGCCUCCGUGA